CUGGUGGUAGAGUAGGUGGGGCUGAUUGGUAUCGCUAAUAAGUACUUUCUGCUGUAGGUCAUUGGGUAGCUGUCUGCUGGGGUUUCAGUUAUGGCAUCGGCUCAAUCUGUUGUCACAUUUGCAGUUUGUAUUUUAUUAAUAUCAGAAGUAAUACUUGCAAAAAGGACUUAUUAUGACAUUUUGGGGGUUCCAAAAAAUGCCUCCGAGAGACAGAUCAAAAAAGCUUUUCACAAACUUGCAAUGAAAUACCACCCUGACAAAAACAAGAGCCCGGAUGCAGAAGCAAAGUUUCGUGAAAUAGCUGAAGCAUAUGAGACCCUUUCAGAUGAGAAUAAAAGGAAAGAGUAUGACCAGUUUGGCCAUGAUGCUUUUACAAACAGUGGAAGAGGAAGCAGUGACCAACAUUUCCACUCACAUUUUAACUUUGAUGAUCUCUUCAAAGACUUUGACUUCUUUGGUGAUAGCCAAAGCAGCAGAUCCAAAAGGCACUUUGAAAACCAUUUCAAAAGCCACCAAGACUCUCAAAGGCACAGACGGCACUUUGAUGACUUCUCAUUUGGUGGUGGACUCUUUAAUGACAUGUUUGAAGACAUGGAAAAAAUGUUUACAUUUGGUGGUUUUGAUGGUGUGCGAAGGCCCAAUGUGAGAACUGAAAAUGUCUUCCAUGGUUCCAGCAAGCAUUGUAGAACAGUCACCCAGCGUAGAGGCAACAUGGUCACCACCUAUACAGACUGUUCAGGCCAAUAACCUUUUUCUUUAGUCUGAUUAUAUAAAAUCAAACUGCAACUAUGAACUAAUUUAUUUGAAAUAUCUAGGAUUUGAAGCUACCUUUACAGAGCGUGCAACAAUAAUUUAGUCUCUGAAGGCAUUGGUAAUUUCAGCUAGUGCGUUCAGAGUGGAACAUAUAUGCCCUUAAAUAAACUAAACUAAGUAAGGUGCUAUGUAAGAACAGCAUUGUAAGAACAAUUAUUUAUUUUAGGGUUUUGUAAAGAGAAACUGGCAUAAGUGUUGCAAUUGAAAAUGCUGAACAAUGGUCUUAAUCAGGCAUACUCCUAUUUGAACAUAAGACUUCAUGGAAAGUAAUAUUAAUUUGAAAAGCUCAUGGUCCCUAUAUUUGAUUAAAAAAGCCACUCUGCCUUGCUCCUAAAGCAUGUGUAAGUUGUACCCCUCUUGCAUGGAUGGUCAUUGUAUUUUCACACACAAAAAUGCAGUGUAAAUUUAAAUUAUAGCGCUGUGGAAUCUGUUGGCGCUCUACAAAUAACCAAUUAUAAAUUGCAUGCAGAUUUUCUAUUUCCUUAAUCCUUUUUAUUACCAAUUCUAAGUUUAUACAAUGGCAGUAUUCUUCAGGGAUGCAAACAUUUUUAAGAAUUUAAGUAUAUAUAAGCAGGAGUAAAUAAUACAAAUGUACCCAGUCUACUUAAAUCAUCUCAGAUUAUGAAAUCCUUCUGUUGUCAUUGGCAACAGAAUUUGGUCACCCCAGAUAUGCUGUCUACUAGUUAAGACAAAUAUUUUGGAUAUAUUUUUAAAUACACUACUUUAGCAUCACCUGCUGGUGGAAAAAUAUACUGCAAGGUGUCCAGAUUUAAAUUGCACAAAACAGAAUAGUGUGAUUUUGCAGAAGUUAGAGCUUUAAUAUAUAGUUGUUCAGUUAACAGCCUGGGUUGAAUACCAUGACAGAUUAAACUGGUAUAUAAACUCCUACUACUGCAGUGGGGGGCCCUUUUUAUUGAUUUCUAGAAUUUUAUACUUUUGUUGUAGAUGGGGGGAUCUUAGUUUGCUUCUGUUACAUGAUAUGAUCCAAAAUUAUGCUAGUGAGAACAGUUGGUGUUUACCAAACUUCUUUCCUUGGUGUGUCACUAUCUCCAUAAGAAACCACUGCAAUUUUUAUAAUUCUCUGAAUAUUUAAAUACAAUCUCAUGCAUCCAUAUGUGGGAAUACAAUUGCCAUCCAACUCUCAUGCAUUGUGUGUUUGGCUGUACAGUAUAAUUUUCCUAUCCCUGAUGCAUCUCCUAACUUAACACUUUCCUGCAACAAAUCCCUUUUUUUUUUUUUUAAUUUUAUUUCUUUAUUUAAUGCUAAUUCACACGAGUUGCCUCUAACAGUUUUCUUUAGUUGAAACCAUGUUCUAUAGACCAUGUGACACUCUUCCCCUUUUAAUACUAAAAUGUUUAGUACUUGACGGUUUUAUACAGCUUCCAUUGUAUAAUAGAAGCAAUAUCUUUUUUUGCCAGUUCUUGUGAAACUUGUCUGAAAUGUGCAAUAUUUUUCCAGUUCAACAAAUGUGCUUUUGUUUGUGGACCAGAUGUUAUAUUUUUGUGCUUUUUCUGUUUUAGUAUUUUAAUUGUUCUGCACUUUUCCCUUGGCAUACUCCAUAUGCAUAUUAAUCCUAUGGAUAAUACAAAUGCCACUUGUCCUAACUCAUGUAAUGAGUGUAAUAAAACAUUUUAAUGCUGUAAAAA